ACAAACAAGCAUGUAUGUCCACUAGCUCCCAAGAUUUUCGCCAUUUUCUCAAAUCAGUGAAGGUAAAGAAAAGCUAUUUUCGCCAUGGCUAAAGUGGCUUCUAGUUCUAUUGGACUACAUAGACCGAAGCCCUUUCAUUUUCGACCUAAUCAAACUUUGCACUCUGUGAAACCUUUCAAUUAUCAGCUGAACAAUCUUCAAAAGUAUCAAAGAAUAUACUGCCAAACAGAGCCCAAAACAGGGGAUUGCUGCCAACCAAACUCUGACCCGUCUGAAUCUGCAGUAAAGGAGAAGUCGUCAAUAGAACCAGGUGCUGGCAAUGAGAGUAGUAAAGCUGAAGUCUCUCCUCCCUCUACUGGCCCUGAAUAUCCAACCAGAGACUUUAAUCGGCGGGUAGCACUAGUGUCUGUCCUUGCAGCACUAGGACUUUUCGCUUCUCCAAGGCUAGAUUUAGGUGUUUCUUUGAAGGAUAUCACGGCUGCAGCACUGCCAUAUGAAGAGGCUCUUUCCAAUGGAAAGCCUACUGUCGUAGAAUUCUAUGCCGAUUGGUGUGAAGUUUGUCGAGAAUUAGCUCCAGAUGUCUAUAAAGUUGAACAGCAGUACAAGGACCGCGUGAAUUUUGUUAUGUUGAAUGUGGAUAACACGAAGUGGGAACAAGAGCUUGAUGAGUUUGGAGUUGAGGGUAUCCCCCAUUUUGCAUUCCUGGAUAAAGAUGGAAACGAGGAAGGUAAUGUUGUUGGCCGUCUUCCAAAACAGUAUUUGCUUGAGAAUGUAGACGCCCUUGCAAAAGGAAAAGAAUCAAUACCUUAUUCUCGCGCUGUGGGACAAUAUACAAGUGCUGAAUCGCGCAAGGUCCAUCAAAUUUCUGAUCCGAGAAGUCAUGGUUAGAGCUCAUACGCACCCAGAUAUAUUUACCCAAACAAACUAUCAUCAAUUCUUGCAAGACUUGCAUUUGAAAUUGAGCAAGGAGUGACAAAUACCACUUGCUAGUCUGUAAGUUUGGCACUAUUUUCACACACUUCGUUGUAUAUAUGAAUAUGCAGACUGCCAUAAUGUAUUGCACAAGUGACCCUCUUCUUUA